AGAUGGCGCCCUCCAAGGAAGGUCUAACAGAUUUGCAGAAGGAAAUUUUUGAUAAAAUCAAUAAGAAUGAAGUGUCGGAGAUUAAAACGCUUUUGUCAAUGAAUAAAAUAAAGGUCGAUUUUGUUGACGAAAAUGGUAUGAGUCCACUUCAGCAUGCUUGUUACAAAGGAAAUAAGGAAAUUGUACAGAUGCUUCUCGAUCAGGGUGCUGACGUUAAUGCUGGUCAACAUGAGCAUGCUUACACGGCGUUACACUUUGCUGCCCUUAGUGGAAAUGCAGAUUUGUGUCAUCUUUUAAUGUCUCAUGGUGCUCGUUUAACAGCUACGAACAGCGUGGGACGUACGCCAGCUCAAAUGGCAGCAUUCGUUGGUAAUCAUAAUUGUGUGGCUACGAUCAACAAUUUUAUUCCAAAGGCAGAUAUAGAUUAUUUUGUGAAAGCGCAAGGUCUUCAAACCGAACCAAUGCUUCCUCCACAUUUAGCAGAUUCUUUCCAUAAGUUUAUAAUGCAAGUAAAUGUACAUCCUGUUCGCGUAGCUAUGAAUUUGCAGAGAUCUCCUGGUCUUUUAGAAAAUGCAUACAAAAUCCAAAAAGUAUUAGAGGCUUUACGUCAUAGAGAGAUGACUAGAGGAGCGGAAACAAACGAGGUUAUGGCUUUUAAGUAUCAUUAUCUUAGCUGUGUGGUAGCAGAGAUAAUAAAAUGUCAAAAACGACAAGAAGCUAUGAAAGGGGAGAAGAAUGAUAAAGAUAAAAUAAACGAAGAAGGGGAGGAGAAAAAAUCAGACGUAGUUGAGAUAUUGAUUAGAAAGUUUUUGAAAUGCAGUAAAAGCGAUGGAGUACCAGAGUAUCAAGAAGCAUUUUUGAGAGAAUCCGUAAGGGAAUUUCCAUUUAGAGAGAGUACAAUUUUUCGUCAAAUGGUAGCGACACUUGCUGGAACUGAUCCACCAUCUGCUGUAUCAGUUGUAUCGGCAGCAAUUAAUGGACAAAGAGGAUUCAAUGAUAACGCAUUGGUAUGUGUUACUUGUGGAGAAGAGAAAGCAAGUAAGAAGUGCAGUAAAUGUAAAGCUGUACAGUACUGCGAUAGAGAAUGUCAAAGAUUACAUUGGUCUAUGCAUAAGAAAGCAUGUGCCAGAUUAGGUCAAAGCCCAAGCCAAAAUACAAAAACCUCAGAUGUAGAUAAAGAGCAAAUAAGUAACGUAAAUUCGAAGUCGCAAAAUUUACCUAACUAAAAAUAUGCAUUGUUAAGAAAGAGAUACUAUAUAUUAUGAUUUUAAAGUGAUAUAUAUAUUAUAUAUAUAUAUAUAUUCUUGUCCAAUAAUUUUGUUUACAAAUGUACAUAGUUCCUCGUGCGUGCGUGUAAAUUUAAGCGUAUCCUACAUUUUUUUUAUUUAAACACGUUUCCAUAAGAUUAUAAACAUUUAUUCGCAUACAUGAGAUGAACUACGCUUAAAGAAAAAAAAAGAAAGAAGAAAAGAAACCACAAAUACGAAUCUUAACAAUGAACUGCUUUGUAUCAUAUAAACGUUUCAUUUCAAUCUUUUAUGACUGCGUUAUAUUCCCUUAUCGUUCUAAAUUUUGGACUUGACAGCGUUGCACGAUGUGAACGAACCAUUGUUUUAUUUUGCAUUUUUUCUUUUUUCUUUUUUCUUUUUUUUCUUUUUUUAAUAUUAAGACAUUACGAUCGAAAGACACGAAUAAAGCACGGUGAAAAACGUAAA